AUGUAUGAACUGGUGGUUCUGCCUGGCCUUGAAGCUCGCUUAGUCAAAAGUUUUGGUUUCAUAUUUAAGAACUUGACCAGCAAAGUGCGACUGAUAUCGAGAGAUGACUUGACCCUUGAGUGGCGGCCUUUGUACGAUUUGUACACUUACAUUGCGUUCGGAAAUCUGGAAGAAGAUGGACUUUUUCUCUUUCCCAGCAACAUGCUGAACUCGUUGGAGUCGGUUAUUCGACUUGCGAGGCUGUACUUUACGGAUGAAUCGACACGAGAGAUUCUGGAAGAACUUCGACCACUAAUGUGCCCAUGGGACAAAUCAUUUGGCCGGGCAUUGCAGUGUCUGUGCCUUUUUUUGCCAUGCUCGGUGCCCCCAGAACUUGGCUUCAAGCUGUGGUUCGACGAGAUCAUGUACUGGUGGUUGCAUUUGCAGAACACUGUUUCGUGGGACACGAACGUCGUCAAGCUGUUUGCGCGACUCAGUUUGUACAAUAUCGGUCACAUCAACUGGGAACCCUACCUGGACGAUAUUUUUACCCGUUGCCUCAGGGAUUUUAGCCUGAAUAUCAACGGAAUACGCAACAACUGUCCUAUCGCCGUUGGCAAACUCUCGGAAACGCACGAGGCAGAGGUGAUGGCCGUUUGGAUCUCGAACUUAUUGGGUGGCCAAAGUAAAACGCAGAUUCUUCUCGAAAAACUCAUGGCUGUACUGCAGUGUUACUGCCAUCCGUCUAAUACUGGAAGGUAGGA